CAGCCAGCUUCUCUUGUCGAGCCAGCGUGAAAGAACGGUUUGACUCUUUUGACUUGACUUGAGAUUGCAAAUAUUUCAGAGAUGUCGGUGGUUUCGCUGCUUGGUGUACGGGUGGUUAACAACCCGGCCCCCUUUACUGCCCCUUACGAGUUCGAGAUCACAUUCGAGUGUCUGGAACAACUACAAAAAGAUCUGGAGUGGAAACUGACUUAUGUCGGUUCUGCGACUUCGUCUGAGUAUGACCAAGAACUUGAUUCGCUAUUAGUCGGCCCAAUCCCAGUUGGUGUCAACAAGUUUAUAUUUGAGGCCGACCCUCCAGAUUUAAAGAGAAUACCUACAUCAGAGAUUCUGGGAGUCACGGUCAUCCUUCUUACAUGCAGCUACGAUGGUAGAGAGUUCGUUCGGGUUGGAUACUACGUCAACAAUGAAUACGACUCGGAAGAAUUAAAUGCAGAGCCGCCGACCAAACCGAUUAUCGAGAGAGUUGUACGCAAUGUACUAGCGAAGAAGCCUCGAGUCACACGGUUUGCAAUCAAAUGGGAUUCCGAGGAUUCUGCGCCUGCAGAGUAUCCCCCAGACCAGCCAGAUGUAGAUGCACUUGAUGAUGACGGCACAGCUUAUGGCGCUGAGGAGGUUGAACUUCAGGCCGCACUUGAGAAGGAGCUGGAAGAGUUGGAUAGAGAAGAAGCGAACAAUGAUGGUAUGGAAAUUGAGGGUCCCGCUGCCGACGAGGGCAAUGCAGAUGAAGACGAUGAUGAUGCCGGAAGUGAAGAUUUGGAAGAAGAGAGUAGCGAGAGUGAGGAUGAGGGCGACGGUGACGAAGACGUCGAAAUGGGCGAUGGAGACCCAGCUGACAACAAUCAGUCUGACCCCAAGACCGCUGAAGCGCAGCAACAGUCCGAAGUCAUGGUCCACUAACCGAACAUAGAUUUGUCUAUGUUGGCUCCGACGACAAUACAAAAUAUGACACGCGAACCAUCCUGUUGGUUACGAAUGCAUGCAUCUUUAAUGAUUUGACAGGCGUCUUUUGCAAUAUAUAGUUAUCUACUAUAUAUGGACCUUAUAUCAGGCCACCAUAAAUCUCUCCGGAUCAUUUCCUUAGAUCUCAAAGUGGAUAUUCCUACGGCGUUAGUUAGCAAUGAAUGAAACAAACACCAAUCCAGCGGUCGCCUCUAUUAUUGUAACACACGCUGUAGUUCGAUAAUUACCUUCUGUUGUGCCAGGGGUUGAAGGCUAGUGAUUCGAGCCGAGGCACGAAGGAGGGGCCG